CUCCUGAAGAGCUGUGCCAUGAGGUUCUCUGAGACAACCCUGAGGUUCGCGCUGGCACUGCAGGUUGGCUGGUGGGCGAGGUGGAUGAAGCCGUCGAAGGAUCGAGUCUCUCAUGGCGACGAUGUCCUGGCCCGCUCACAAAGAGGGCGGUUUGGCCCCUCGCAGGAGUCAGAGGAGAGGAAUUCCCCUCUGGAUCUGAAGUGGGUCAGACUCUUCACAUCCACCGAUCGAAGGGUUGGAAUGUAGAACGAGUGAAUGUGGGACGAGGCUCCCGGCGGCUUGUGACAGUCAGCAGCGCGUUGAAGAGCGACGUUUCCUCUGACUGUUUGUUGUCACCGCCCCUUCCGUCUGCUUGGCUCAGGAAGCGUGGCCUCAUUAUUCUCCAGGCCGGUGUUGAUCCCUGUCCUUACCUGUCAGCACGUUCUGCGGAGGCCAGCGUGGAGCCCUCGCAGCUGUUUAACACUCAUGGACAAUCCUUCUACCCUCUGCGCACCGUUUUGAUUGACGGAGGAGCGGAGGGCCAAUUUGCAAAUGUCUUCUGGAGCAUGGAGUGUGAAGAGACAUUCAUCAAACGCCGUGGGCCCUUUAUCUCGUCCGCUUGUCAUAUUAUCUGUCAGGCCACCGCUGAGUUGAUCACACUCUUUUGAAGCGCCGUUAUGGCCCAGCGAUUUGGGUCUUCUGUAGAGAAGAGGAGGUGGACGCCGCCGUCUGAGACUCUGCAUUAAACACCAAGAACUCUUCCAGCUCUUCUCCAGCACUCGCUCCUCCAGUUCAGACGGACCACGCCACAGCGCCAUCUUCCCCAGUGAGGAGGACCUUACUGCUACCACUCCAGUCUCAGUGAUCUGGAAUCUGCAUCUGAAGUCCAGGCAUCUGACCAAGCCACCACAUGGAAGACCAUCAGCUAGCAAUCCACCAAGGAGUUACUGUUGAGGCGUCGACUUCUUGAUAUGUUGGUUUCUUUCAAGCAAGGUGUCAUUGGACCUUCACCAGAACCCCUUCAUUCCAAAACUUUGAGCUUCUGAAGCAAGAGCGACUUCAACUCUCUGAGGCAGUUUGAGACGUCGUCCUGCUUCGAGGCCACCAGUCAGUCAAGGGUGACUCCACGGAAUAAAUCUGCAGCGGCGUGUGAGGAUCAGUAAAGCCAAGGGUCGAGUCUGGCGGGUUCUUGAGUCAGAGACACCGGAUGAACCUGGGCCCAGUGACGUCGAAGAGAGAGCGAGCGAGAGAGCGAGCGUGAGAGAGAGAGAGAGAGGAGAGACAGGCGGAGGCGGUCCGGAGAGGAGAGCCAGCUCUUGAUUCUCCUCUCACUGAUUCAGUGGCUCAGACACCCCGGUACCGACCACCGUGAGCCCGGUAAGUUUCUCGGUUCCUCCUCCACUUUGAGAGUGGAUCAGUUCAGGCGCGACUAACCGCUCACUCCAUUGACAGACGGCUGCGGAGCCUUGUCGCUGUCCGAGGUGCUGAAGUUCAGUUCGGAAGGGACUGAAUUCCUUCACGUGGUUCUGCCCUACAGUGGAUCGGGACACUUUGCUGAGGACUGAAACGAGUUCGGAGUCCAAAGAUGCGUCGCGGGUUCCAGAGCUGCCAGUUGGUCGGUGACUCCGCGGCACCGGAGACGCGUCAGAACCGGUGAGAAGUUGCUGUUGCCGAGGUUCGAAUGAUGGGGACGGCGCACCUCCUGCUUCUGCUCAUCUACCUGGACCCGCUGUGCGUCCUGUCCGCCGCCAACAAGAAGAGCAAGAGCCCGCCGGCUCGCGUCCAGCGGGUGAAGGACGCGAACGGCAGCAGCACGGCGGUUCCGCGGGACGUCCCGAGGAGGGUGACCCAGGUGCAGGCGCCCUCGGUGGGCAGCUUGCAGCACGACACUUGCCUGGGCUACUACGACGUCAGCGGUCAGUUCGACAAAGAGUUCGCCUGCAACAACACCGACCACCGCUUCUGCUGCGGGAGCUGCUUCCUGCGCUUCUGCUGCGAGGACCGCGCCAAGCGGCUGGAGCAGCGCAGCUGCAACAACUACAACACCCCGGACUGGAUCAAGACGCAGCCGCCGUCGCCGGCGCCCACGGGCGACACCUACGACCCGGAGCUGGACCAGACCAACGCCACCGUCUACAUCACCUGCGGGGUCAUCGCGCUCGUCAUCGCCGUGGGGAUCUCUGCCAAAGUUGCCUACGACAAAGCGACCAAGCCCCCGCAGGAGAUGAACGUGCACAGGGCGCUGGCCGACAUCCUCCGUCAACAAGGCCCGGUUCCCAUCUCUCAGUAUGAGCACGAAAACAUGGCGGCCCUCAACGGGUCGCCUAAAGACGAGACGCCGGUCAGGACAGCCAAGAAUCACUACACUCCAGUCCACAGCAACCACGGUCACUACGGGAAAGAGAACUUCCGCAGCGGUGGUCCAGACCUCCAUAACUUCAUCUCCUCGGGGUUCGUGACGCUGGGACGCGGACACUUGAAAGCGCAGCACUCCAUGGACGAGCCGUCCUGGCAGGACGAGUUGGACGUCCCCAUCUCCUACGGAAACCACCACCAUGAGUACCAGCACAGCCACCUGGACCUGACCGCACUCACGCCCAAGAUGGAGAGACCCCAGAGGAUGAACAACAUCCUGACCUCGGCCACCGAGCCCUACGAUCUGUCGCUGUCCAGGUCCUUCCAGAACCUGAGCCACCUCCCGCCCUCCUACGAGCUGGCGCUCAAGGCUGACUUAAGUAAAUACGCCUCCUCCCUUCACUUAGCAAGUGACAAAGACAUGGACGACUACUACCCGAGAAAGCAUCACCACCAAGACUUCGGAGGUCGCGGCCCGACCCACAUGAUGAAGUUGAGCGCUGAUCCACAGCACCAGCGCCAACGGCCUCGUCGCGUCCAGAGAGCCAUGUCGCAGGAUCACGUCCUGUCCCCUCCGAGGACGCCUCGCCGCGGAGACUACGGCUUGUCGUCGCAUGGCGGCAUGACGGCGGCGGCGUACGGGAGCAGCCGGCACCUGUCGGAGGAGCAGCUACUCUCAGCGGACCGCCUUCACUCCCAGGAGCCGUUGCUCUUGUCUCCUGCGAUGCGGCGCGACAAGUUCCGAGAGAAGGCGAUGGCGAGGGCCAUGUCCCAUGCCGACAUGCUGAUGCCGACGACGCCGGUCAUGGACAGACACAAGGUCACCAAGAUGCACUCACAACCCAGUGCCUCCAAUGACUACAACACACUGAUGGUCAACCACCCGGCGAGCACUUCCAAGAGGCAGGCGUUCGCCUCCCGACGGACUCACACGGUGGACCACCUUCAGUACAUUCCGGGCCACCACCACACGUACCGCACUGCCAGUAAGAACGAGGUAACUGUGUAAGAGCGUACGGACUCAUCUUCUGAUCAAAACAUCGGCGCUUUCUAGAAGAAACUAAAGCUUCCCGUAGCAUCUGGACGAGAACCAACACAACCUAAGGGCUUUGUGCAGCCACACAAAGGGGAGUCAAACUCUGGCGAUUUUUUAAACACAAAAUGGAACUGAAAUUUGAAUUGUAUCUUUACCAACAUAGAUAUACUAUAUUUACGAUUUGUACUUCAGCCGUUCGUUUUAGCUUUAGAGAUUCUGACGUAAGCACUUGAGUUAGUGCCUCUGAAAUUGUCCCAUUUCGACGAUGAAGUGGUUGAAAAGCACAACGGCAGAAUCCUGUCAUUGAUUUACCUGCUUGAUUCGGAAUAUCCUGCGUGUUUUGGGGUUUUUUUUCAGUUGCCAACAGUAGAUGAUUGUAAAUAUGCUGCUUCAGCGAACCAGAGCUUUUUGUUUUCCUAGUCUUUGUUUUUCACCCCCUUCAGUGGCUCACGGCUUUAGGUAAGUUCCACCGUCGCGUCGGAGCUGCGGGUGUACCAUGUUUUGUAGCAGGAAUGAUUGUGAGUGAAGAACGUCCGCUCGCUUGUUUGCCAGAACAAUCACCGCGGCGAGGCACGUUCCUGAAGAAAACUGUGAACCUUGGUUUCCAUCGACGCGAUGCCUUAUUGUAUAGACUUCCGUACGCUCUUAUCCAUCCAGCGCUUUGGGGUGUCAGGUGACCCCGCUCUAUGUGCCAACCACCGAUUAUCAAUUGCCAAUGUUAUUGCACCAGAAGGCUGACUUGGAGCGUUUCCGUCUCCGUUCGCCAACUGGAACCGUUUGAUGAGAUUCCACUUUGGAAAAGGUAAUUUUGUGUUUAGAAGUUCAGGACUUGAGAGAGCAGGUGAGGAGGUGGGUUGUGAGUUUGGCUGAAUGUUUCAACGUGAAGCGUUAAUCUCACCCCAAUAAAACGUCAGUCAAGAUCAACCAGCAGAUUUUGCCGCUGCAGUCGAUCUGAAGACAAUACAAGACAAUCAGGAGAGCAAAACGUCAAUUUUACCAUCGAACUUCUGGAAGCAUUCCUGGGUGACCCUGCGCUCUGGUUGUGUUCUUCACAGCGCAGAGCCCUGCCAGCGCCUCAGUUUACUCCAAACAUGAUGCAAAUGUCAUGACCCACAUCAGAGGUUGAGCUCUGGCCUUCAGGUCAACUCUGGACCUCUCUGGAAAAAAAAGAGAUUUUUGCCAUUGUUGGCUGGUAUCGACGCGGAAGCGCCAGCGGCUGUCAUUAACUUUUAAGAGCGUCUGCGGAUCGAACAUGUUUCCGGCUCAUGAAACAGAUUCAUUUAGUCCUCACUCCCAAAACACGCUCCAGAAACCCCUUUCAUCGAGCAAGAAGAUCAGACUGUCGCAGGGCUGUGACCAGUACCAGUCCUCACGCCGUCGCGCUGAUGCUCUUGAUGAGAUUAGAAAACCCUGUGGCCAAACUCCACUACAGGGUCCCCGCCUUCAAGCGGGCCCUCAAGGAGCUAACCCUGCGCAGAACUGAGGUUGUAGAUCAACUGGUGGCUCUGCUGUUGAGCGAUAGCGGCUCCACCCUUGUAGAUGCACCUGAAAACCUUUUUGUCAAGUCCAACACGACUUGGACGGUUGUCAGUUCAAAGCGAAAUCCAGGCGGACUCACAGUUUCCCGACUGGCUCAGUAGAGGUCCCCAGUCCUGUGGGGACCGCUCUCUGCCUCCGGGGCGGAGGUCAAACUUCACUGUUGCCACGGCAACCCAAAUAACAGUCAUUCAAAUCAGUCUUCUCCCUGCUUUUCUCAACGCCACGCUUUCCUCUGUCUCAUCGUGGGUCUGCGUUUGAUGAUGUCACUUGGAAAUAAAAACAAACAGCCUUCUUCUCCAGACGUGCAGGAACCCAGGUGGAUGGAGGCCAAGCUCGGGAGCUCUCCUGCCUCACAGACUUUAUUAACGAUGAUGUCAUCUCCAGGAGCCUUCGACUCCCCUGCAAUAUUUCUCCUCCUCCUCCUUCUUCUGUUUCUGUUUCUCUGUCACUGAUGAAGGUGUCUGAAGGACAUAACCAGGUCUGUACUCACACGUCGGCCCGGGGGUGAAGUGAGAAGACUGUU